AUGAGUUUCACCUCAGAACCAUACGAUCCCAUCACUGCCGACUCUUGGCUCGUCUGCGACACAUGCGGAACUCAGUUCCCAACGUCUGAUCGCAGUGCCCUCAAAACAUGUCACAUCUGCGAUGAUCCACGACAAUUCGUGCCUCCGUCUGGACAAUCGUUCUCGACGCUGGGAGAAUUAAAAAAGAAGCAUAAAAACGAAUGGACUCCUUGUGCCUCUGAUAAGAAUAUCACGUUCAUUUCGUCGGUGCCGAAAUUGGCGAUUGGACAGCGUGCUAUUCUUAUCAAAACGCCAGAGGGCAAUAUUCUUUGGGAUUGUAUCACGCUGCUUGAUGAUGAGACUGUUGAGAGGAUUAAGAGUGAGGGUGGAUUGAAGGCGAUUGUUAUAAGUCAUCCGCACUUUUACAGUACCCAUGUUCAAUGGGCUCGAGCCUUCAGUUGUCCAGUCUAUCUCUCCGCCGAAGACAAAAUCUGGACAACCCUCUCCUCAACGCAUCAAAUUUUCCUCACCACCCUCGAAACACCCAUCCUCUCCGCCAAAGCCAUAAAGCUCGGCGGGCACUUCCCGGGCUCCAUGGUCCUACACUACAACUCGCGGCUGUUCAUAGCCGACACGCUUAUGACGACGGCGUCAGGCGUUGGGAACUGGAGCGUAGACGCCACAGGAUGCUCGCGGUCCCGACCGGCUGGGUUGAACUCUUUUUCGUUCCUGUGGAGCAUUCCGAAUUUCAUUCCUCUGGGUGUUGGUGAGAUGGCUAGGAUGUGGAGGAUUCUGAAGAGGUAUGAGUUUGGGGCUACACAUGGUGGGUUUAUGGGGAUGGAUAUUGAGAGUGAGGAUGUUAAGGGGAGGGUUUUGGAGAGUAUGAAGAUACAGGCUGGGUUUAUUGGGGAUAAGGAGUUUGAGGAGAAGCUGUGA